GACAUUUGUUAUUAGAAAAUAUUUUAGAAUCAAAAUAAUGUUACAAUAGUCUACAAAAACACAAAAAUGACUAUAGAAACUUUAGAAAACGACAAUAUAAUUUUAGCCACUGGUGGCUAUGACCAUACUAUAAAAUUGUGGCAAACGCACACAGGAAUUUGUACGAGAACUUUACAACAUGCAGAAUCGCAAGUUAAUGCUUUAGAAAUAACUCCAGACCGACAGCAUUUAGCUACAGCCAGUUACCAGCAUAUAUACAUGUAUGACUUAACUUCCAACAAUCCAAAUGCAAUUGUUAACUAUGAAGGAACAUCCAAAAAUGUCACCUGCGUUGGUUUCCAGGAAGACGGAAAAUGGAUGUAUUCUGGGGGUGAAGACAGCAGAGCGAGAAUAUGGGACUUGAGAUCUAGAAACAACCAAUGCCCCAAAAUAUUUGAAGUGCAAAGUGCUAUAAACUGUGUUGCUCUGCAUCCAAAUCAAGUGGAAUUGUUUGUUGGGGAUCAAAACGGUAUCAUUUAUAAGUGGGAUUUACGGACUGACCAUAAUGAACAACUUAUACCAGAAAAUGAUGCUAUGAUCUUGGAUGUAGAAGUAUCCCCUGAUAGUCUGCUAAUGGCUUCUGUUAACAAUAAAGGCAGGUGCUACAUUUGGAGUUUGAUCUCUGGAAUGACUGACACUCCAACAAAGAUGAUACCAAAACAGAAAUUCGAGGCUCACACAAGGCACACAUUAAAAUGUAAAUUUAGUCCAGAUUCAACUAUGUUGGUAACAACUUCAGCUGAUACAACUGCUCGAAUAUGGAAUUGUGCUGACUUCAGCUUGUUACAAGAAUUGAAACAGACAGAAAGCCAAAGAUGGGUUUGGGAUGCUGAUUUCAGUGCAGAUGGACAAUAUAUUUUUACAGCUUCUUCAGAUGGUUGUGCAAGACUGUGGAAUGUCAAAACUGGAGCAAUGGAAAGGGAUUAUACAGGACAUCAAAAAGCAGUCACAGCAUUGGCCUUUAGAGACUCUUCUUGAACAAUUUUCAUCUUUAUUUUAAAAGAUGUAUUUGGUGUUUUUGAUUAUACGUUUCUUGGAGUAUAAUCCAAAAUAAAACACAGUUUUUAAUUUAAGACAGUUUAUUAACUUUUGUACAUAGGUACCUUUGUUGUAAUAUACAUUAAGAC